UCUCUUGCUGUUUCUCCUCCUCCCUCUGAUGAGCUGCCUCGUCAUGCCAUCCAUUUAUAUCUCCAGCAUAGCAAGCAGAGAGGGAUCAGCACAGACCAGGCUGAACAUCAAAACGCAAUAGAUCCUGCUGUCUUCAACAACUAUGGACAUUCACUCCUGAGAUGAGACUGCCUGUUUUUUCUCCCUUCUCAUCUGUUUAUCACUCAACCUAAAGACCUUUCCCCAGUCAAAAGGAAUAAUAAAAACAACAUCAUCUGACCAUCAUUUCUUGAAAGGAACUUUGGGAUUCAUUUGCCCAGUGGGGAAGCAAAGGAGGAAAACAUUGUAAUACUGCUCUGAUUUUUUUCUUUCCAGCGUCUCCUUUUCUCCUCCCUGUCUGCUGGCAAGGGAGCUGUUACAAGUCUGCCAAGACGCCGCGUGCCGUGCUUCGCGUGAAGAAUGCCCAGGCGCGUCUGCCCAAGCCAUCGGAAGCAGCGCCCACGCCCGCCUCGGGACUCUACAUGGAGCGCUCACAGAGCCGAAUCAGUUUGUCAGCCUCAUUUGAGGCUCUUGCAAUUUACUUCCCGUGCAUGAACUCCUUUGAUGAGGAUGAUGGCGAGACAGAGGGACGGAGGUUAAAAGGCAUCCAGAGGAGCACAGAGACAGGAUUAGCUGUGGAGAUGCCCAGUCGCACAGUUCGUCAGGCCAGCCAUGAAUCAAUAGAAGACAGUAUGAACAGCUAUGGUUCAGAGGGAAAUCUAAAUUACAGUGGCGUGUGUUUGGCUUCAGAUGCUCAGUUCAGUGAUUUUUUGGAUGGCAUGGGCCCAGCACAGUUUGUCGGUAGACAGACUUUGGCCACAACCUCAAUGGGUGAUGUGGAGAUUGGGCUGAUGGAAAGGAAUGGACAGUUGGAGGUUGAGAUCGUUAAGGCUAGAGGACUGAUCAUGAAGCCUGGCUCUAGAGGGCCUCCAGCGGCAUACAUAAAAGUGUACCUUCUGGAGAAUGGUGCAUGCAUAGCCAAAAAGAAGACAAAGUCUGUUCGGAAGUCACUGGAUCCGCUUUACAACCAGGUCCUUGUAUUCUCUGAAAGACCACAGGGAAAGGUUGUGCAGGUUAUUGUUUGGGGAAACUAUGGCCGAAUGGAUCGUAAGUGCUUCAUGGGUGUUGCCCGAAUUUUAUUGGAGGAACUGGAUUUGACAAGCAUGGUGAUUGGCUGGUACAAGCUUUUCCCUACUUCCUCUAUGGUGGACCCUGCCAUGGCACCGCUCAUUCGCCACUCAUCACAGCUCUCACUGGAGAGCACAGUUGGACCAUGCUCAUAAGGGAAAAAGAACAAUGUUUUUUUGUUGUUGUUUCUGUAAGGGCUCUCAGGGCCCUUAUUCUUAAUGUGCUGCUUGUGCAUUACUGUAGCAGCCAUUUGGGGCCUGCCAGAAUACUUUAGAAUUCUGUAAAACAACCCAAUUUUUCAGAAAGUAAUCUUAUCUGGGCAAGUGUUUAAUUGCACUUACCCGAUGAAAACCAUGACCUGAGGACUGACAAUGGGUUCACAAUACUUAAAUUGGAUUUACUUUUAACAGUCUUUCUGAACAUGAGUAUGGCAAUAUGAGUUGGCAAUGGGGUAAAAAAAAUUGUCCUGGCUGAUUAAUUUUCCAUCAAAGCUAAAAUGAUUCAUAUAUUGUGUUGAACACAACAAUACAUCACUUUGUUUAACAUCAAUUUGUCUAUAAAGCAGUGCAGAAGCAGUACAACUAGUGCUAGCAUCUACCACAGAAAUAACAUUUUAAAGUUAUAUUAGCGCAAAAAAAAAGGUUAAAUAGACAUAAAAUACUUGUUUUUGAUACUUGGCUCACUCAUUAAUUAAUUUUUUUUAAAAUUCUUGUUGUAACUGUGCUGUUGCUUUAAAAUAAGCAUUUCUUUAAAGAGUCAUGCCAUUUCUCACGAAACAAAGGCUAACUAAUUUAUUAGCCACAUACAGGAUUUAAAGGGACAUAACAUUAAUAAUUAUUGUGACCAAUAAUUAUACAUAUUUUAUUGGAGGAAUAUUCAGUUACGAAGCUACUUUUUCACAAACAAAUAAUAGAAAUAACAAUUAAAAUACCAGAAAAAGUGUUCAUGAGUCAUCACAAAUCUGUUACUGCCUUAUAGUCCAGGUGAACUUUAUGUUGUUUUUUUAUUCUCAUACCAGCUUGUCAUGUGUGAGUGGGCCAAUUAAUAUCAUGAUUAAUAAUAUUUUUAUGAUUAAUAUUUAAAGCCUUUAAUGUUGCGAAUGCAGAACUUUUAGUAGCAGUGCUAUAGCACUAUAUGGUAGCAUAGGCAUAAAAAGCUUUCUGGAUAACCAGAAUAUAAGAUGUAGAGUAAAUGGUUGUAAAAAAAAAAAAAAAACUCUCAGUAUUAGCUGAGCAUGUAGCACCUGAGGUAUAUGAAAUAAACAUGAAAAUUUUAUUACACUGCACUAGUUUUUAUUUGCAAUGGUAGUAGGUAUUCACAGUAUAAAAAUAUAUUCCUAAUUUUGGGCAAGCUAAGCGAGAAGGUUCCAGCUGUAAAGUAAAGCAAUGUAAAAUGUAAAGCAAUAAAAAAGCAUACACACAUGCACACUGAUCAGCCAGCCAUAACAUUAUGACCACUGACAGCUGAAGUAAAUAAUGUAAAUUAUUUGUUACAAUGGCACCUACCUAUAUAUGGGCAGCAAGUGAACAUUUAGUCCCUGAAGUUGAAGCUGAAGGAUUUAAACGACUUUGAUGAAGGAUGUUGAAGGAAUUGUGAUGUCUAGAUGACUUGGUUUGAUGACUUGCACUUUGAUGACUCUUGUGAGAUGUUCCUGGUUUGCAGUGGUCAGGAGCAGUCUUUUUGGAACAGUAAGUCUGGAACAGUUCCAAGGUGAAAUAAGUGGGGACAUUUACAAGAUGAACAGGACUCCUCAUCAUUUGGCUACGUACAGUACAGUAGUACCCGCAAGAAUUUGAAACUACUUCCACCACUGCAUGUAACAGCUACCAAAAAUUGUUGCAAACCAAGUAUUCCCUGGACAGUGUGCCCUGCUGUACUGCAGAAUCAUUUUGAAAUUGUUUGAGGAACAUGACAAGAGUUCCAGUUGUUGACUUGAUUCUCAAUCUGAUUGAGCAUCUGUGGGAUGUGCUGGACUAAAAAGUCUGAUCCAUUAAUUACCCUCCUUGCAACUUAGCUUAAAGAACCUACUGCUGACACCGUGGUGCCAGAUACCAGAGCACACCUUCAGGAGUCCAUGCCAUGUUGUUUAAGAGUUGUUAUGGAGACACAAGAGGUACCAACACAAUAUUCAGCAGGUGAUAUUAUU